GGGCCCAUUACUUCAGCGUCUUCUUCCUCGUCUUCUGUUCAUUUUAAUUUUCGAUCUCAGGCUUUCUCCAAUGGCGACGAGAUCGAAUUUUUACAAGAACCCUUCCAUUGCUUACAGGAAAGAUUUUAGUCUCAACUCUGUUCUUCAAAACUUGAAAGCUUACAACGCUGCAACUGGUGCUGCUCCAUCAAUCGUAGAAAAGCUACAUGAAGAUGAAGAUCAACAUCAUCAACCCAAUAACAAACGCCAACAAAAACGAAAACGCCACUCUCAACCAAAAUUAUCUUCUUUGGAAAAAGCUGAAGAUGAAAAUGGACCUAUGUCUCACCAUGAUUAUAUCCAGAAGAUAAGGAAAGAAGCUUGUUCUUCAAAAUCUUAUGAAGAAUUAUCUGCUGAUGUUCUGGGAACUUCUACUUCUGCUCUUGUGAAUUUGGUAGCAUAUGGCAGUGAUGAAAGUAGUUCUUCAGAAUGUGAAGAAAAACAAGAUUCACUAAAUUCUGGUUAUGAAAAUGAACUUGAUCGAGUAAAGAGCAGAAGUGAACAACGUUUUCCUUUAGCUGGAGAACCUGUUUGUGUAAUCUGUGGUAAAUUCGGAGAAUAUAUAUGCAAUGAGACCGAUGACGAUGUCUGUAGCAUGGAGUGCAAACGCGAGCUUUUAGAAUUCAGUAACGUUACAAAGGAACCUUUGAGGACCCAAAGAGCUGAUGCUGUCUCAUCCGAACUUAAACUUAGCUUACCCGUGUCUGAGAUCGAAGAGGACACAUGGGAUUUCAAUCGGAAUCGUUGGUCCAGUAAAAAAUCUAACCUUUGUACUUAUGAAUGUUGGAAAUGUCAAAGACCUGGACACCUUGCUGAAGACUGUCUGGUUAUGAAAUCUAACGAGACAUUACAAGGGAAAAACAAAACCAGUUCCCUUUCCAGAGAUCUUGCUGAAUUGUACAAAAGAUGUCAUCAGAUAGGCAGAAAAUUGUCUUCUGCUAAGUGUAGCUCAUGCUGCAGCUCAAUAAGUUUGGCGACAUGCCUCGGUUGUAAUACUGUUUUUUGUGACGAUGCAGGUCAUUUGAACGAGCAUAUAAAGAAACAAACAUCUCAUCGACAAAUUUAUUCCCAUAAGCUCAGGCGUCUAGUGAAAUGCUGCAAAUCAACAUGCAAGGUUACAGACAUCAACGAGCUUUUAGUUUGCCACUAUUGUUUCGAUAAAGCCUUUGAUAAGUUCUACGACAUGUACACUGCAACUUGGAAAGGUUCUGGGUUGUCGAUGAUUUGGGGUUCUAUAUGCUGCGAAGACCACUUUGAAUGGCACAGGAUGAAUUGCUUGAACGCAGGCAUUGAAGACAAUGCUUAUAUUGUGAAUCGGAACACUCAAAGGAAACAUGAAUCUACUCAGCUUAGUGACUUCAUCUUCUAAUCUAAGGUUCCUAUAAACUCAAAGAAGCGAAAUACGGUAUGGUUGUUCAGACAGCUUCUCUAUUAGUUUAAUUCAUGUGUUUCGGUUGUUAGUUUCAACAUGUAUAUUGUUACAAUGGAAAGACACCAAAUCUUGUCAUAUUUUCUCACUUAUAAAUUUAUGAUUUCCUUUUACACAAAAAAAACUUGUGAGCUUUGUGUUGUGUUCUCAGGCUAUUUAGGACCAUGAAUGUAAUUUCGACCAUUGGAACAAUUUAGUAGCGGUAAUAGUUUGGGGAAUAAAAA